AUGGAUAAGCAAGGGAUUAUCCUCCAAGAAAACAAGCCGACCGAUUGGAUAAGCAGCUUGGUAGCAGUGCAGAAACCAGGAAAGUUAAGAGUAUGCAUAGACCCUCGAGAUCUAAAUCGAGCUAUCAAGAGGCCAAAGUACCAAAUGCCUAUAGUCGAUGAAGUUCUGCCAAAGCUAGCCAAGGCUAAAGUAUUUACUGUCUUGGAAGCAAAGUAUCUGCACGGAAGAGAAUUAACGACAGUGGAGACAGAUCACAAGCCACUGGUCCCAAUAUUUCAGAAGUCGCUACACUCCGCACCAAAACGACUGCAACGGAUGCUCCUUCGAUUACAGAAGUACAAUCUUCAUGUUAAGUACCUUCCUGGAUCACAGAUGUACAUUGCUGAUAUGCUAAGUAGAGCUUACCUCCAAGCUGAUCACAGCCACCAUGAAAACAUCCCAGAGUAUCAGAUCUUUCAGCUCAGCUAUGAGCAAUUGUUGUUUCAAGAGAUUGCCAAUAUCAAUCAAGUUGAUUACAUGCGCCUAUCAGAAGGCACCCAUCAGCAGAUCAAACAAUGCACAAUCACAGAUGCCACAUUGCAAAGUCUUAUGAACAUGAUUAUGAGAGGUUGGCCGCUUGCUAAAGAGGAAAUUCCAGUUUGUAUCCACGAGUAUUGGAACUACAAAGAAGAGUUAACAGUUCAAGACAGAGUCUUGUACAAAGGAAUGAAAGUGCUUGUUCCUGCUUCUAUGAGACCUCAAAUGAUUGCAAGAGCUCAUUCCAGCCACCUUGGGCCUGAUGCUUGUGUACGUCGAGCACGUGAUGUGUUAUUCUGGCCAAGCAUUGCAGACCAGAUCAAAGAUCAAGUGCAGAAUUGUGAAGUUUGCAACGACUUCUUAGCUAGACAACAAAAAGAACCGUUGAUGACCCACAAAAUUCCUGAAACCCCUUGGUCAAAGGUUGGACAAGAUCUCUUCACCCUCGGUGACGAGAACUAUUUAGUGACUGUUGAUUACUUCAGCGAUUACUUUGAGCUUGAUCUCCUAUCAGAUACUACUGCAGAAUCAGUGGUAAAUGCAACCAAACGCCACUUUGCACGUCACGGCAUUGCUGACAUAGUUACAGAUAAUGGGCCGCAGUAUUCCAGUGCACAUUUUGCCAAGUUUACUCGUGAAUGGGAAUUUCAGCACACUACAAGUUCACCAUUACAUAGCCAAAGCAAUAGAAAAGCCAAGUCUUCUGUCAAAAUUGCAAAGAAUCUAGUUAAGAAGGCAAAGCGAGGUAACAAAGACCUCCAGAUGUCCUUGCUCGCGUGGCGCAACACACCUGACAGUAAUGGACUGAGCCUAGUCCAAAAAUUUAUGUCUCGAAGGACUAGGUCUACCAUUCCAACAAAUGUAGCAUUGCUGAAGCCAGAGGUCAUAGAUGGAGUGUAUGACAACAUCAACAGAAAAAGACAGCAGGCCAAAGCAGCAUAUGACAAACAUGCAAAACCAUUGCCCGAGCUCCAAGUGGGAGAACCAGUAAGGCCUCAGCCUGUAAAUCCUAAAGCACCCUGGGAGAAAGGUUCAUGUGUGGCAAAAGUUGGGCCACGCUCAUUUCUUAUUGAAACAGAGAGCGGAAACCUGUACAGACGGAAUCGUAAGUUUAUUCGUCAAGAUCCUAGCCAAGAGCAGGCCUCGUUAGAUAUCAGUGGCACAAAUCCGUCGAGUCAGCCAUCACCCAGUGCAGGGUCAUCAGCCAAGUCAUUACCAGAUGCCAUGGCAGAUCCUCCUUUGAAUCAGGCACUAACUACGAGACAGAUUCGUGGAAGUCCCCAACCAAAGUAUACUGCAGUGGAAGCGAUUGUGACUUCGCAACCCCAACAAAGUGUUGUUACUCGAAGUGGUAGAACCAGCGUGCGUCCUUCCAGGUUGGAUGACUUUGUUACCUAG